AUGGAGAUAGAGAAGUCGAAGAGUAGUGGAAAGCGAGGAAGAAGAACGCCAAGCUGGAACUCGAUUGGAAGCCAUAGUUGGAGCUUUGAAGAAGUUUUUGUGACUGCAAAUCAUAGCAGAAGUAAUAGUCAUGCUGGAGAAGAUGAAGAAGCUCUCAAACGAGCAGCUAUGGAGAAACUGCCAGAAUUUGAUCAUUUAAGAACCAGUGUAACUGAAUCUUGUGUUCUAAAACAAGUCAAAGAGAAGGAUGAAAAGAUUAUGAAUCAACUUUUUAUCGACAAAUUGCUUAAUGUUGUUGAGGAAGAUAAUGGCAAGUUGUUGAAGAAGAUCAGAGAACGAUAUGAUAAGUUUGUCUCUAAUUAA